CGGGCCCAUGGUAGGCAGCUCGUCGUCCUUUACUGCGAACCAACAUUUUCCCCAGCGCUAUCUCCCCAUCGGCAGCCUAAUCAAGAGUGCUUUCUCCCCAGCCUCACCUCACCAAGAGCGCUUCCAAAUCGCGGCCGACGAUCUGCCACAAGCCAGCAUGCCGGACGCCGUGACCGUGCUGGAGGACCUGCCGGAGUGGCUCGUCGUCGACGAGAUCCUGCUCCGGCUGCCGCCCAAGGACGUGCUCCGCUGCCGGGCCGUCCGGAAGUCGUGGCGCGCCGCCACUUCCACCGACAAGUUCAUCCUCAACCACCACCGCCGCCAGCCGUCGCUCCCUAUCUUCCACCGACACAACGAGGGCAUCUUCCGCCUCGUCGCCGCCGGAGAUCACAAGAUACAGCAGGUCCUCGAGUACCUGACUCCUACUGAUCCAACUGCACACAUCGGCGUCAUGCACCACGCCGCAUGCGAUGGCCUUCUCCUUGUGUCGACCAAUGGCCCGUUAAUAAAGCACGCCACUUUCUACAGCUCUAACCCGGCCACCACUUUCUACAUCUGCAACCCGGCCACCCGCAAGUGCGCACCCCUGCUGCCACCUCCUCUACGGCCGGCUUUCAACAAAGCCACCGUCGUCGCCUUUUAUCGGCACCAAGCGUCCGGAGAGCACCGGGUGCUCUGGCUGAUAAACAACCACGAUGCGAGCGGCGCCGUGGUCCAUCCGCCUGGUUACUUCGUCCUCCCGGUGGGAUCUGACCAGCCGAGGUGCGUCCAAUGGCCGACACAUCUAGCGAAUUUUCGGGCUAUACAGACCCAUGAAGGCCCACCAGUCCACCAUCGUGGUGGCUUGCACUGGCCACCCGGCCUCGGCAUAAAGGUGUUCGACACCGACACCGAGACAUUCCGGCAGAUGAGCCGCCCGGCACAGUUCCACAUGGUGUCAUUGCACCAUCUUGGUGGCGACCUUGCUUUGUGCGGCACGUCCCUUGAGUGUGUCACUCUAGACGUUUGGGCGCUGCAGGACUAUGACGCCGAGAUCUGGGGGUUUCUCUACCGGAUUGACCUGCGAGUGGUGGUUGCAUCGCCGCCGCUUGAUUUUGGGUCGAUUCAUGUCCCUUGGAUGGCUGUGGUCAAUGGCCGUGAGCUGUUGAUCCAGCAUGGUCGUUACCGCAUCUUGCAUUGUGACAUUGAGGGUCUCUACUUAGGAGAGGUGGAAAUCAAACAAUAUGAAAACAGUUGGGAUAUGUUUACAAAGUAUUUGUCCCUUACUAGGCAUCGCCUCCAAGAGAGCCUGAUUUCGCUUCCGUUGUUUGAGAUGCAAGAAGAAGAUGCCGUGCACCACAAGCCUCCGUUCACCAUAGUUCUGUAAGAUGCGGUGCAGCUGCAGCGCCAUCUUUGUGUUUUGGACUACCGGUUUGAUGCUGUGCCCCCUGGACCAUCCUAUCCCAUAUCAACCAUGUCUUUUCUUCUUUGUUACAAUUUCGCACUACUACUAGCUAGUAAAACAUUUGGUACUGUUAAUUAUGCUACCUUCAACAUCAUGUUUAUGUUAUUAAGAAUGGAGCUUCUGUGCUUUA